ACCUAACCCUAAACCUAACUAUUAAAAAUAAUCUGAUGUCCUCAGGACACUUUAGUGGAUAUUCCUUUGUGCUGCAAUACGGACAGAGAGAAGGGACAAACCGCCUCGAGACUGACUUUUAACAAACGCGGAAGUGAAUGUAAGAGGUCAUACAUCUGGUGACGUUUCAUGGUUGGAGCUGGCUGUAAUCAACAAAAACCUCUCUGUUCUUCAACAAAUAAAUCCCUGAUUUUAAAGACGAAAAUGUUUCGGGGUUGGGGAAACUGGCUUAGCUUGGAUUCGGAACGUCCAAGCACCAAGGAAGCGGUGAAAGCGCAGAAAGAGGCAGGCGAAGGGAAAGACGUGGAAGAAACCAAAGUAAACAAACAACCAGAGAGUGUAAAUGAAGAGAUGGCCGACACGGCUCAAGAACUUCUUGAGCAGGCCAAGGGAUUGAGCGGUUAUCUCUUCAAUUUUGCCAGUAGUGCUACAAAGAUGAUUUCCGAGUCUGUUGUUGAGACGGCACAGACCUUAAAGAAAUCCGUAGAAGAUGGAAAGAUUGAUGGCCUUAUUGAUAAGACAAUAUUGGGAGAUUUUCAAAAGGAACAAGAGAAAUUUGUGUUUGAAAAGAAUGCAAAAAAGACAGAUGCUGCAGUGCCUCCGUGGGUUGGCUACAGUGAGGAAGAAACAAUUCAACAGCAAAUUUUGGCUUUAUCAGCUGACAGGAGAAAUUUCCUACGAGACCCCCCUGCUGGAGUGCACUUUCACUUUGACUCUGAACAGAUGUAUCCCAUCGCCAUGGUGAUGCUGCAGGAGGACGAGCUGCUCAACAGAAUGCGAUUUGACUUGGUCCCAAAGCUGGUGAAGGAGGAGGUGUUCUGGAGGAAUUACUUCUACCGUGUGUCUCUGAUUAAGCAGUCUGCACAACUCACUGCAUUAGCAGCUCAGCAGCAGGCAGCAGAGAAGGAGGAGGAAAAAAACAGUUCCCAUACAGAUGACAAUCACUUAACAGAAAACAUAAGACCCAAAACUCCACCUACUGCAAUCAACGCCAAGCAUGAGGAUGAAGAGGAGAUUUCAACCAGUCCAGGUGUCUCGGAGUUUGUAAGUGAUGCUUUUGACUCCUGUAAUAUCAACCAGGAGGACCUGAGGAAGGAAAUGGAGCAGUUGGUGUUGGAUAAGAAGGAAGAGGCCAUUGAAGAAUCUGCAGACUGGGAGAAGGAGCUACAGCAGGAACUUCAGGACUAUGAAGUUGUUGCAGAAUCAGAAAACAGAGAGGGCAAUUGGGAUAAAGAGAUAGAGGAGAUGUUGCAGGCUGAUGGUUAGUCCUGGUGGACUGAAUGUACUUUCCAAAUGGACUUCAUGAACUUAAUCACUUUCAAUGCACAAUGUCAAACAUGAAAGACCAGCUAACAUCAAAACAUCAUCAUCGCCAUCAAAUUCAGCUUUCAUCACAACAUGGAGAAUUACUCUCCCACCACAGUACUGAACAUUCAGUAGAUUAAAUCCUUGUGCUUCUCUUUUGGAAAUACCUUGAGGAUAAAUUGUACAACUUCAGUUGUUUAAACAACACCAGCAUUCAAAAAAACAAACACCCGAGUAUCUGUUCUAUAAAUCUAGGUCCAUGAAUCUUGUAAGUAGUACUUCAUUACAGUUGUUACUACAUCAAAAGCAAUGUAAUUGUAGACCACUGCAGUACAGCUUUUAAGUUUAAUAUAAAGCUAUUACACACACAUACAGUAUAUAUAUAUAUAUAUAUAUAUAUAUAUAUAUAUAUAUAUAUAUAUAUAUAUAUAUAUUAUAAAGAACGGUACAGGGUAUUUAUAAUUCUGUGCCAAACGAUUACAAACUGACAGACUUCACUACAUUUGACUAAUAAACCUGUUUUAUUACAUUUGGAAUUUUUUUUUUUUAAUGGCAUAGUUUUUCAUAAUUUAUAGUUUGGCAAUAGUGGUUGUGUAUUUGAGUUUUUUGUUGUUUUGCUUAAAACCUUUGGCUAAAUUUGAAGUCAAGCUGUAAAUACACCACAUUUCCAAAAUCUUUUUGAUUUAAAUAGAUAUGCCUUGACACAUGGUUUUGCUUCUUUUGUUGUACCUGAAUUGUCUGUAUAAUGAUGUGUUAAUGGAUGGUUUUAUCCCCAAAGGUUGCUGUGCUUCACGCUUGCUCCUUGCAACAACAUUUUCUCUUUGUAUUUGUCAAGGAGCUAGCAUUCAUUACCUGUUUUGGUAACAUGAAGGAACACUUAAACUGUAAAUAUUGUAUUACUUUUUAUUUGUUGAAAUGUAUAGCUGAGUCAUUUCUGUAGAUGCCCUAUUUCUGGUUUUAUGUUAUUACCAGAUAUACUACAGCUAAGAUUAAAAAAAAAUAAACCUAAAUAAUUGUACUUCUAGUAGAAAAUAUUUGAUUAGUGCACUUCUGUUAUACCGUAAAUGUUAGUUUUGACGAGUUUGGUUUAACACAAUGCUCCAUGCUCAUAAAAACAAAACAAUUUGGGCUUGGAUACCAAAACUGAACCCGUUUUUAAAUAAAUCAAACAUAACAAA